AUGACGGGCUCAUCCCAUCAGUCGAGGCGCUUGAUCUCCGUGAUCGCAGCGACACUGACGGCGCUCGCCUGUGGUACUAAUUAUGCGUACUCCGCAUGGGAACCUCAAUUCGCGGAUGGAAUGAAGCUGUCAUCGACCGAAAGUAACCUCAUUGGUGUCGCAGGUAAUUUGGGCAUGUACGCGUCUGGAAUCCCCCUUGGACUGUUGACUGAUGCUCGGGGACCUCGCCUCACGACGUUUCUGGGAGCCAUUACCCUGGGCUUUGGCUAUUUCCCCAUCUAUCAAGCCUAUGAGAAUGGACAAGGCUCGCUUGGAGUACCAAUGCUGUGUUUCUUUGCCUUCUUUACCGGUUUUGGAAGUUGCUCAUCCUUCUCUGCGUCAAUCAAGACAGCGGCGUCGAACUUUCCGGAUCAUCGCGGUACAGCAACUGCCUUUCCCCUGGCCGCGUUUGGUCUGAGCGCCCUUUUUUGGUCGACCGUGUCUGCAAUCGCCUUCAAAGACGACACAGGCAAAUUCCUUUUACUGUUGACCCUUGGAACUCUCUUUUUGAAUCUCAUCGCUAUACCAUUCCUCCGAAUCUUGCCCCCAAGUGGCUCAUAUCACCGGUUGCCAAAUCAGCGGGAGUCGACCGUCGAGUCCAGACAGUUGCGUGCUGCACGAUCCACUGAUCCACGAUCUUACCAAGAAGAUCCUGAUGAAGCAGGUACGCAGAGUUUUGGUGUCUUUGAAUCACAAACUGGGGCCCACUCCAGGUCCACUUCACACGCCUCGAAUUCCCAUCACUCUCUUGCCAACGACCCAGAUGCCGAUGAGACGUCAUCGUUGGUGUCUAAACCGGCCUCGAGGCUGUCUCGGGAUACCCUGGAUGGAUGUAACACGGAUGAAAUUCUGUCAAAUGUGCCUAUCGACUUACCUCACCCAGACGUUAGAGGCCUGGCGAUGCUGCCUAAGAUUGAGUUCUGGCAACUCUUCCUCACAAUGGCACUUCUUUCUGGCAUUGGUUUGAUGACUAUCAAUAAUAUUGGUAACACUGCUAAAGCCCUUUGGAAACACUACGAUGAUAGUGCUAGCCCCCGGUUUAUCCAUCAACGACAGGUCAUGCAUGUGUCUAUCCUGUCUUUUGGCAAUUUCAUCGGCCGUCUCCUGAGUGGUAUCGGCUCGGAUCUACUAGUCAAGAAACUGAACAUGUCUCGUUUCUGGUGCCUGCUCAUAUCAGCGACUGUCUUCACUGCGACCCAGCUGGCCGGGGCUGCGAUCUCAAACCCGCAUCAGCUAGUGGUAGUUUCGGGAUUCACUGGUUUUGCAUACGGAUUCCUCUUCGGCGUAUUCCCAUCCCUAGUAGCCCACACGUUUGGUAUCGGAGGCCUCUCCCAGAACUGGGGCGUGAUGACUCUCGCGCCAGUGGUGAGCGGCAACCUCUUCAAUCUCCUGUAUGGCAGCACAUUCGACAAAAACUCGAUUGUCGGCCCUGACGGCGAGCGAGAUUGCCCCGACGGACUGGGUUGCUAUCAAAGAGCCUACUACACGACCUUCUUCUCCGGAGUCGCCGGUAUCAUUGUGUGCUUGUGGAGCAUCUGGAGUGAGAACCGGAUUCACAAGAAGGUGUUACACAAGAAGUUGGAGCACGAGCGUCUUGCAUGA